CUAGUCGGGUGUUGUUACAUUGGCGGUGCUGUUGCGAGGGCGUCUGUUUUUUUUUUCCUUCUAAUUCUGAACAACAACAAUAACACAAGAGCAUCAUCAUCUAGUACUACCAACAACAACGAGAAAGUGUGUGACCAUUGAAUAGCUGAGCAUUCCGAAAACAAACCGCCACUUAAUCUUACGUUGAGAAUAUGCUGGUGGACAUCCAGAGUGCAACGGCAGCAGUUAUUAUGGAAGAAGAAGAGAAUAUGACCGACUUGUCAAGGAGCGACGCCCUGUCGACUCGUCCGUCAGUGGCCGUCUCGCGGGCCGUUCAACAACUUCUGGAGCGACACGGCCUGGGUAACGUCAGCCGCCUUUCUAACGGGAACGUGACGGUCGGAGCGUUCGUUCAAGUCAACAACAACAAUAACAACAACUGUUUGUCGCUGCAAUCAGUUGGGUCCGCUGAUGUCGCCGCAGGCACCGGGUUGUCGGUUGAGUCAGAAUCCGAUUUCGACUCGGAUUCCGAGCCGCGGUUCAGACCCGAUCCGAUUGGCGGCAGCAGCGACGAGCACAGCAACAGCCACGAAGCCGGCUGUCAUCAUCCGGCGACGGGAGAGGUUGACUUGAACGGCAACAGCAGCAACCAACAACUCCAGCAAGCCGGAGCCGAUGCUGAAGCGGAAGAACUAUCCAAAUUGCGAUGCCAGAGCGUCCGAACGGAAGUGUUGGCCGAGAAAUUCCGCCGUAAGAACCGAUGCGCCGAUUAUCCGGGUUUCGGGUUCGCUUCGUCCGUCUUCAGCUCGGACACUAUGAUGAAAUUCAACAUAAUCAAAAACGAAUUGCACAAUAUCAUGAAUAAUCAGCUUAAACGGGCGGAAGGUGAAGUCGCUGGCUUGAAUCGUCGCGUCCAACUGCUCGAGGAAGAUUUGGAGCGCAGUGAGGAGCGUUUGAAUACCGCCACCACCAAGUUGGCCGAGGCCUCUCACUCAGCUGAUGAAUCAGAACGUAUGCGCAAGGUGUUGGAGAACCGCAGCCUCUCCGAUGAGGAGCGCAUGGACGCGUUGGAAAAUCAGUUGAAAGAAGCCCGCUUCCUGGCUGAAGAGGCUGAUAGGAAGUACGACGAGGUGGCCCGUAAGCUGGCCAUGGUUGAGGCGGAUUUGGAGCGUGCUGAAGAGCGCGCCGAAACCGGUGAAACGAAAAUCGUGGAGCUUGAAGAAGAGUUGCGCGUCGUCGGCAACAACCUCAAGUCCCUGGAAGUGUCUGAAGAAAAGGCCACUGCCCGGGAAGAAUCGUACGAACUUCAAAUCAAGACACUCUCCUCACGGCUUAAAGAGGCUGAAGCCCGCGCCGAGUUCGCCGAACGUUCAGUGCAGAAAUUGCAGAAGGAAGUCGACCGACUGGAGGACGAACUGGUCCACGAGAAGGAGAAAUACAAAUCAAUCGCAGACGAAAUGGAUACCACUUUCGUAGAAUUGGCUGGCUAUUAAAGAACACCAACCAUUCAAAAGAAAAACACCAGAGAUUCUUUAUAAAUUAUAUACCCUUACACCUUUCCUCUGAUGUCCUUUCUCUUUACACACAAAUGAAAAACACAACAAGAACAACAUUGAGCAGCCACACACAUGAACACAGCCACUACACACAUAUACACAAUCAAGACACGAAACACUCCUUUGUUCUAAUCGAUUGGCCCAAUGUAUUUUCCCAUUUCUCUCCUUCUUCUACGCCCGCCACACCUUCUUUUCUUCUUCUUGUUUAUAACCUCUAUUGGUUUUAAUCUUUUUGCGUAAAAAACAAACACGCCAUUUUCUUUCUUCAUCUGUUAUCUUUGGCUUUUUUUAAGUUGGCUCUAUUAGAGUUGAUAUCCCUCUGUCUCCGUUCUCUCUUUGGCCUUCUUUUUUUUUUCUUUGUUGUCGAACUGGAAAUACCAACACUAAUUGGAUUGUUGA